AGUAUAGUGCAGUAGGUGCAAGGAAGUAUCGCUAAGCGGGAUUUGUCCGCUCAUUGUCAAAUGCGAUUGUUCUGCAAUUAACAGGAUUAUUUGAAAUUAUCAGUUGUUGAUUUUCUAUCCUAAGUACACGACGCGAGAAAGUGCUAAAUAUGAGCGUUACGUUGCACACGGAUGUAGGUGACAUUAAAAUAGAGCUAUUUUGCGAGAUGUGCCCGAAAACGUGCGAGAAUUUUCUCGCACUUUGCGCCAGCGGAUAUUACGACAAUUGUUUGUUCCACCGGAACAUAAAGGGCUUCAUUGUCCAGACUGGAGAUCCCACCAAUACAGGCAAGGGAGGGACCUCGAUAUGGAACCACAGAUUCGAGGACGAGUUCAAGGAGGAGCUGAAGCACAACGCUAGGGGUCUCGUAUCCAUGGCUAACAACGGUCCCAAUACGAAUGGCAGUCAGUUUUUUCUAACCUAUGCACCGCAGUCACACUUGGAUCUGAAGUAUACUCUAUUUGGAAAAGUGAUCGAUGGUUUGGAAACUUUGGAGCAACUAGAAAAGUUACCGGUAAAUCCCAAGAAUUACAAACCACUUACGGACAUAAGAAUAAACAACAUAACUAUACACGCUAAUCCGUUAGCGGGAUAGGCCUAUCCUGACAGAGCAUCUCUUACUGAAAUUCAUCGUAAUGAUAUAAAGUUUUGAGCUUUCAGUUGGAAGUAACGUCGUUGAUACACACUUUUAAAUUGUAUACACGCCCGAUAAUCGCUUAUUGUGCGGGUCAAACGGACUCUGAAGGUACAUCUUCGCAGGAUAUCGCUUCCCCAUCACUUCAAUCUGGUAAGUACCCGUCUCUAAGAAUUCCCUCGUAAUGUUCUGCCCAUUCGGCGCUGUGAUGUAUCUGUGAAUGAUGGAAAAGUAAACGCCAAUGAACGCAA